AUGUGCAAAGAUGAACCAGGAUACAAUAACUACACUUGCUUAUGUAGAUCAGGCUACACUGGUGUUGAUUGUGAUAUAACUGUUGAUCCUUGUACAGCAAAUGGAAAUCCAUGUGCAAAUGGAGCUACUUGUACUGCUCUACAGCAAGGAAGAUUCAAAUGCGAAUGCUUGCCAGGGUGGGAAGGUCAACUCUGUGAAAUAAAUACUGAUGAUUGCAUUGAAAAACCUUGUCUCCUUGGUGCACCUUGUACGGAUUUAGUAAACGACUUCAGUUGUGCGUGCCCACCAGGAUUUUCUGGAAAACGGUGUCACGAAAAAAUUGAUCUUUGUUCAAACGAACCGUGUAAACAUGGAAUUUGCGUUGACAAACUAUUCGUCCAUCAGUGCAUUUGUGACCCUGGAUGGUCGGGACCGUCAUGCGAUAUAAAUAUUAAUGAAUGUGUUAUCUCUCCCUGCGAAAACGGUGGUCAAUGUAUUGAUGGAAUUGAUGACUUUACAUGUAUUUGUGAAGCUGGAUAUACUGGCAAACGGUGUCAACAUACUAUCGACGAUUGUGCAUCUGAACCUUGUCAAAAUGGAGCCUCGUGCCUUGAUCAAUUAGAUGGUUUUAUUUGUAAAUGCCGUCCAGGAUUCAUAGGCUUACAGUGUGAAUCGGCUGUUGAUGAAUGUUUGAAUGAGCCAUGCAAUCCCAUUGGCACAGACCGUUGUAUUGAUCUGGACAAUAAAUACCAAUGCGUUUGUAGAGAAGGUUUCACAGGAGAAAUGUGUGAAACUAAUAUCGAUGAUUGUGCAUCAGGACCUUGCUUCAACGGUGGAUCAUGUAAAGAUGAAAUUGGAGAUUACAAAUGUACUUGUCAACCAGGAUGGACCGGUAAACGAUGUGAGAGGGAUAUUGGCAACUGCAUCAACAGACCUUGUCAAAAUAAUGCUAGAUGUAUUGAUCUUUUCCAAGACUUCUUCUGCGUAUGCCCGAGCGGUACUGAUGGAAAACAAUGUGAAACUGCACCUGAAAGGUGCAUCGGCAGUCCUUGCAUGCAUGGAGGGAAAUGCCAAGAUUUCGGCUCUGGACUAAACUGUACCUGUUCCCAAGAUUACAUCGGGAUCGGUUGUCAAUAUGAAUUUGAUGCAUGUGACGCUGGCCUUUGUCAAAACGGAGCUACGUGCAUAGAUGAAGGCGAGGAUUAUACAUGUAUUUGCGCCCCAGGUUUCCAAGGGAAGAACUGCGAUGAAGACAUAGUUGAUUGCAAAGAAAAUUCAUGCCCACCAUCUGCUACAUGCAUAGAUUUACCAGGAAGAUUCUAUUGUCAAUGUCCAUUCAAUCUUACGGGUGAUGAUUGUCGAAAAACAAUAAGCGUCGACUAUGACCUGUACUUCAGCGAUCCAUUACGUUCGAGUGCCUCACAAGUGGUACCAUUUGAUACAGGAUCCACAGACAGUUUGACAAUCGCUAUGUGGGUUCAGUAUACACAACAGGAUGAAGGUGGUGUUUUCUUCACUGCGUAUAGUGUCAGCAAUUCUCACAUCGCUCUGAAUAGAAGAACGAUCAUCCAAGCUCAUUCAAAUGGAGUUCAAGUAUCCCUAUUUCCGGAAUUGCAAGAUGUAUAUCUCAGUUUUGGUGAAUUUGCAACUGUGAAUGAUGGCCAAUGGCACCAUGUUGCGCUCGUAUGGGAUGGUAACAACGGCGGUGAACUAACACUCAUUACUGAAGGAUUAAUUGCUAGCAAACUUGAAGGGUACGGCAGUGGACGAAGUCUUCCAAAAUAUGUUUGGGUUACACUUGGCAAACCACAAUCAGAUAAUCCUAAAGCUUAUACAGAAUCUGGCUUCCAAGGACAUUUAACAAAAGUACAAAUAUGGAAUCGUGCUCUAGAUGUAACCAAUGAAAUUCAGAAACAGGUUCGAGAUUGCCGUACGGAACCAGUUCUAUACAACGGCUUAACCUUAACUUGGGCUGGUUACGAUGAUAUUAUUGGAGGCGUGGAAAGAAUCGUUCCAUCACACUGUGGCCAGCGCAAAUGUGCUAAUGGAUAUACUGGUCCUAAAUGCCAACAACUUCAAGUUGAUAAAGAACCUCCACGUGUGGAACGCUGUCCAGGAGAUCUGUGGGUAAUUGCUAAGAAUGGAUCAUCUGUAGUUAACUGGGACGCGCCUGUAUUUAGCGAUAAUGUUGGCGUUGAUAAAAUUUUGGAAAAUUCUGGACAUAAACCUGGCCAGAACCUUGUAUGGGGCACAUAUGAUAUCGCUUAUAUUGCAUACGAUGCUGCUGGAAAUACUGCCACAUGCACAUUUAAAGUUACAGUAUUAUCGGAAUUUUGUCCCCCUCUGGCGGAUCCUCUUGGUGGAUACCAAUCGUGUAGAGAUUGGGGAGCUGGUGGUCAAUUUAAAGUAUGCGAAAUAACGUGUCGUGACGGCCUUCGUUUCUCACAACCUGUACCACCUUUCUACACAUGCGGAGCUGAAGGUUUCUGGAGACCAACAACAGAUCCUAACUUACCGCUGGUAUAUCCUGCUUGCUCACCGGCAUCUCCAGCUCAACGUGUAUUUAAGAUAUCGAUGCUCUUCCCAAGUUCGGUUCUCUGCAAUGACGCAGGUCAAGGUGUACUUCGACAAAAAGUACGAACUGCAAUCAACCAACUUAACAGAGACUGGAACUUCUGCUCUUAUGCCGUCGAUGGUACACGAGAAUGCAAGGAAUUGGAUAUCAACGUUAAAUGUGACCACCGAGCCAAUGUGAGACAGACGCGCCAAGUUUCGUCACCUCCUAGCGCCCCCACUGAAGAUACAUAUGUAUUGGAUGCUAUUAUACCCGUGGAAGAGAGUCGCAGCAAUAGGGAGGGACGUCAGGCGGGCGAUACGUACAGCGUUGAGAUCUCAUUCCCAGCUGUUAACGAUCCAGUAAUCCAUAAUGGUAAUAACGAGCGAUCUACAGUACAAAGAUUACUGGAGAAACUAAUCCUUGAGGACGAACAAUUCGACGUACGAAAUAUACUUCCGAACACCGUACCCGAUCCGGCUAGCUUGUCUCUGGUAUCUGACUACGCCUGUCCUAUGGGACAAGUUGUCAUGGCACCAGAUUGCGUGGCUUGUGCUGUCGGAACUUAUUUGGACACAGCUAGCGAUACCUGCAAACCAUGUCCGACCGGCACGUACCAAUCAGAAGCUGGACAAUUACAAUGUACAGCCUGUCCAACUAUCGCUGGCCAGCCCGGAGUCACACAAGCUGCUGGCGCCAGAAGCGCGGCGGAUUGUAAAGAGAGAUGCGCUGCUGGUAAAUAUUACGAUGCGGAAGCUGAAUUGUGUCGUCCCUGUGGACACGGAUCAUACCAAUCAAGAGAAGGGGCGUUCUCUUGUAUGUCUUGCCCAAGAGGUCAGACUACACGAGCUACCGAAGCUGUGUCACCAGCUGAGUGUAGAGACGACUGUCCGUCAGGUGAACAGUUGAGCAGCGAAGGAGGUUGUGAGCCAUGCCCUCGCGGUACAUUCCGUGCGAGUGGUGCCGGAGCCGCGUGCGCGUCCUGCCCGCCUGGAACCACUACGCCACAAGCCGGCGCCGCUUCCGCCGACCAAUGCUCCUUGCCUGUCUGCAAACCUGGUUCAUACCUCGAUGUAUCUCAGAAUACUUGCGUACAAUGCAAGAAAGGCACAUAUCAGCCGGAAGCUCAACAGACCACGUGUAUCACGUGUCCUAUCAAUACCAGUACUAAAGAACCUGGUGCUACUUCAGAAGCUGACUGCACUAACCCUUGCGAAAUGAGCGGCCCUGAGAUGCAUUGCGAUGUGAACGCCUAUUGUCUACUCAUGAAAGAAACUAAUGACUUCAAAUGUCAGUGUAAGCCUGGCUUUAAUGGCACCGGAAAAGUUUGCGUUGACGUUUGCCUGGACUACUGUGACAAUGGAGGCGAGUGCGUGAAGGAUGCACGCGGCGAACCUUCUUGUAGGUGUACAGGAUCAUUCACCGGCCGCCAUUGUACUGAGAAAAGUGAAUUUGCUUACAUCGCAAGCGGAGUCGCGGGUGGAGUCAUCUUCAUCAUAUUCCUUGUGUUGCUCGUAUGGAUGAUCUGUGCCAGAUCUACAAAGCGGAAAGAACCAAAGAAGACACUAACGCCAGCUAUAGACCAAAACGGUUCUCAAGUGAACUUCUAUUAUGGAGCGCAUACACCAUACGCAGAAUCAAUAGCACCAUCUCAUCACUCCACUUACGCUCACUACUAUGAUGAUGAAGAAGACGGUUGGGAAAUGCCAAAUUUCUACAACGAGACCUACAUGAAAGAGAGCUUACACAACGGUAUGAAUGGGAAAAUGAACAGCUUGGCGAGGUCCAACGCGAGCAUAUACGGGACUAAGGAAGACCUCUACGAUAGGCUGAAGAGGCAUGCGUAUCCUGGUAAGAAAGAUAAAAGUGACAGCGACAGCGAAGGUCAGUAAUUAUUAAGGGAUUGCGUUUCUACGUAUUCUGGUCAAACUUACAUAAUACUACGUACUAGUUUCAAUUCUCGGUGUAUCCGAACAAUAAUAGUCAAAUAUUAUUGUAUUUAACUGUAUAGGCGAAGGCCGGUGUUGCUACCGUUAGGCAUAUCACCUAAUUUAAGAC